CAGAGGCUCGCCUUUAACGUGCUGAGAAAUUCAAAAUCUGGUAACUUCCUACUUGAUUGGGCAUGUUGAACAGCCCACUUCUGAAGUUUCUUGAUCUGAAUAGAGCAUCUACAUCUACUUCGAUUACUAGACACCUUUUCGCAAGUUGUAUUCCUAUCUCGUACAAAAUGGCUCCACCCACCUCCAUAACUGACUCUGGCGCUACCGACAGCGUUCGCGUGGUUACCCAGCGCGUUCAGACUGGGAAACUCUUAGCCAACGAAGCAAAAGACGAAUGGCAUUCAUUUGGUCGUGGACUGGUUUUCCAUGUCUCGUUUACAAAACAAUGCGCCGUCGAAUGUGGACUGUUCGAAGGGGCAUCUUCUGAGACCGUAUCUUCUACAUCUGCUCCUACAUCUUCCUAUUUCAAACGUAUCGCGAAGUCGUUACUCUCAGCAGCUUUGAGUUCCAAGACCGGCGCAUGGCAAGCGGACCAUGGAGACGCUGACUCUGUACUGAAUUUGUUGAAAAGUGGGGAAGCGCAGAGCCUUGUUUUGGUAUGACUCCGUGUGUUGAUGAAGAACGAACCUAAUACACCUUUUUAGGUCAAGAUCUAAAAACUAGAUGGUAUUAUAUUAAGGCGUUUUUGAUGAUCUAAUUCCCAUCCCUCAAGCCAGCCUGGUCGCAAAAUUGACGCCAGGAGACAAGUAUCUCAAGUACCACGCACAAUGUCCCCGAUCUGCAGCUGAGACGCUCUUUGCAGCCUUCGCUGAAGCUUUAGCAGACGUACUGGUUGAAUCACUUAGUCGAGGAGGUACAACUACAUCGGGAAGCAAAGCUGGAGGUAAUGGGAUCGGAGCACCUGGUAAUAAAAAACGAGGCAACAACAAGGAUCCUGAGGACAAACUCCACGUGGCCCCGGAACUCUUUUUCAAGACAUUCGGACCUGGAGGUUGGCAAGAUUUUGAUGAUGGCGAGUAUGCGGAUUUCGAUGAAAAUGGCUUCCCGACUAAAGACGCGAAGACAGGUGAAGAAAUCCCGAAAUCGAGGAAGAAAAAAUUGGAAAAGAUAUGGAGCAAGUAUAAAGAAAAGUGGAAGAAACAAGGUGCCGCUGCAGGUGGAGAGCAAGGUGGAGGAGAAGUCGCGGCGAGCGCAAGCGGUGAAGACGGUGUUGCAGCUGUAGCUACUUUUACUCCCAGUGAUCGACCUAUGACUGACGAACAAGCGCACGAGGCGAAAAACAAAGAGCCCGAGGUACCAGCUCCAGCUCAAGUUGUUGACAAGGUGCUCACCAGCGCAGAAUCUCUAUCUUCGAAAGUAGCAAACAUUACCCUAGCCGAUCCAAAAUCAGGAAAGCCGCAGCUUGUCAUAGGCACAUUUGGCGGCCGGCAAGGUUUAGAAUUCUGUAGUGCUGGACCUUUCACACAUUCCUUUCAGUUCCCUGUUUCAUGUUAGAGUAAGGAAUGACGCACCCCCAUUGGUAUACUAUAAUAUAGUACUUAAACGACCCUUUUCUCCCUCCCUCCCAACUGCACACGUACCCUUAAUUAACUUAAUACAAUGUCUCCACAUCCUUCUCGCUUGCUUUCUCGUCCUCUAGAAUCAUGAUCAUCCUUCAACUCGUCUUUUCUCGUCCUAUUAAUAAUCGUUGUGGUUUAU